UUCUCAUUUGGCAGGUCAGGUAUCCAGUGUUACUAUCUCCUGCUGAGAAGGAAAUGGCAAGAGACGUUUGCAUUGCAUUCAGUCAAGCGGUUUGUGGAUUUGAUCUCUUGAGAAGUCAGGGACGCUCGUAUGUUUGUGAUGUGAAUGGAUGGAGCUUUGUUAAAAAUUCGUACAAGUAUUAUGAUGAUUCUGCCUGUGUGCUACGGAAGAUGUUGUUAGAUGCAAAAGCUCCCCAUCUUUCUUCAGUGGUUCCACCAACUUUACCAUGGAAAGUAAAUGAACUAACCCAACCUUCUGAGCCACUAACUCGUGAGCCACUAACUCGUCAGGGUAGUGGUAUUAGUGGCACUUUUGGACAAUCUGAGGAACUGCGAUGUGUAAUUGCUGUUAUUCGUCAUGGUGAUAGAACUCCAAAACAGAAAGUGAAGCUAAAGGUUACUGAGGAAAAGUUGUUGAACUUAAUGUUGAAAUACAAUGGUGGCCGACCCAAAUCUGAGGUAAUGCUAUUUUUGGUCCUUCGAUGACUAUUGUUAAGACUUUAACUAUGUAGGCAAACAAGUAGUUAUCUGAUUGAGACCAAUUAUAUUCUCA